CUCACAUGGUAGCCUGGAGGGGUGAGGAGUACUCUAAACAUCGUACCGUUGCUGGAGGGGAACAUAACGAAAUGGGCAACCGAGACACCGCCUCAUUUAAGGGCCCAAAUAAAAAAAUAUCUGAACUUAUUACGGUAGCUCAAAAGGUACCAGAAGUGUCAUUAUGAUUAAGUGAGAACGAGGAAGAGGGUACAGGUAGGAAGCAAUGUCUGAAUAAAGUUAGGUUGUCUUUAUUAUUACAAUGCGACUUUGUAAUUUGGCAUGCGAAUAAAUCGUACAUACUGUUUAAUAAAAAUCAAUUAAUAAAAUAUAUUUUUAAACUUGUGCAGGAAUUUCUAUCAAAGUACUUAACUAUUUAUUCGCUGGUUAAAUUUAAGUACAUUUUUAUAACAUAAUUUAUUUCGUAGCUUAAAAUUGAAGGUUCAAUAAAAACGAACCAUGAAAUAUUCGUAGUAAUGUCAAACCAAUAAAAUCUCUGUGGACUCGCCAAUCGUACCUACUGGCAUGAAUAAUAAGACCGCCAUUAAAAUUCCCUGAAGAUACAUUUGACAGCUAAUGUCGACCCACGAACUGGCGAUAAGAAUUAAAUAAUCUAAAUGGCUUCUGUACGACGGCUUUUGCCAACUGCAAAUGAAUUCUAUAUCGAGUUGCAGGAGAGGGCCGAUUUGGCUGAAAAUCGGAGGCACAAGAAAUUUGUUGCCGUGAUGAUAAUGAUCCGAAUAGUCCGUGGUCACCUUAUCAGGAAACAUGUGAAGUGGUUAGCUAAGAAUGCUACGAUCAUACAGUGCGCGUUUAGAAUGUUUUUAGCCAGGAGAGCAUACCGGGCUGCUCUCAGGAGAGCUGUCAGGAAUAAACAUGACAAACAUUACGCUAAAGCUGCUACGAGUAUUCAGGCACUUUGGCGCGGACAUUAUUCAAGACGCACCAAGUUCUGCUAUCGCACAUAUAGGCGAUGGUUGGCCACAGUCAAAGAACGCGGUGAACGAAGAGCGGCUGAAGCUGCAGAAUUUGGCAUCAGAAGUAGAGCAGAUGACCUCAGGAUUUUGGAAGAGGAAGCACGCCAGUGGUUGGCCUUCGUAGUUUUUAAAUUGCACCAUUUACUGAGAACAUUUGUCUGUGCUGGCGUAUAUUCAGAACCCGCUACUACGGAACUAUCUGAAUUCGAAAAACUACUCAAAUCGAUCCAUUACACCGAAUAUAUGAAGAGAUUGAAACGAAAAUACGAUGAGUUUGUAAGAAAACACAGACCGGCUUUCUCGAAUAAGAGGUUAUUUCCUAUAAUAGGGGACGGAACCGACUAUUGGUACCUAUCUUUGGCCGAAAUGUAUGAACUGACAACGCCCGUUCAGAAAAAAGAGGAUAACAGGCAUAAAGCGACCCAUCACGGGCGGAUUCAUAAAGAACCCUUUUUGUGGAAGAGACCGAGGCCGCCGGGGCCAUGUGAGGGCAGAGGUCCGUUUACAGCCUCUCGGUCAACAUCGAUGACGUCCCCUCCUGCGCCGGCCCCGACACCAACCCCGACCGUGGUUAAGACUGGCGGAGGCGACGCUAAGCAACCUCCUCCAAAGGACCCGCGGUUUCAUCUCUACGUCAAACAUUACACACCAGACCCCGCCUUGUUCGACUACGUCGAUUUCCACAUAAACGUCCUUCUGAGACGAAAAUGUUCCGUCGAAAACAUCGAUAAAGAAUAGCGCUCUCGAUUUUUCUAAAUUAGAUCAACUUUUGUCUGUUAACAUUAACAACACAAGAGUGGUUUGUUUAAAAACACUCGGGUUUUUACAUGGAUGCGUAUUAUUCUCCCUUUAUUUUUUUCGCUCGGAAAUCCGUAAUCAGGCUGCUAAGUUUGGAAGGGUCGUCCGGAUGUUGCGAGCCGCGAGCCUUUUGUUGUUACUCUUUUGUUGUUGUGAAUUUUACACUUGUAAUUUAUUUCAGGAAACGCCUUGGUGAGAAAGAAAUUACGUUAAACUCUCCAAGGAAAAUGUGUUUUGUAAAUUACCAUUACGCUUGUAUAGGUUUUAGUCGGAUACUUUUUUUUGCUGUCCUAAAUCAUGUUCCAGUGUUUGUUUUUGAUAACAAAUAAAUGCUGAAGAUAUUUAUUUGAAUUUUAGCAGAUUAAUCUUAAUUUGCAUGCGAUGUAACUCUUGUUUAAGCUAUUUAUGUUGCACACCGUACAUCCACGACGGCCUGAUUUGGCUAGGCUGGUAUUUUACAGGUUUCAUAGUAGUUUUACAAAUUUGUUUAUAAAUGUGUUUUAUAGCCAACAUGAUAAUGCGUUUAAACUGGCACCAAGUGUGAAACUUAUGAAACGGCCUUGUAUUGCAUAAUACAUAACAUCUGGCUGAAUGUUUGCUUUACGACGAGCUUACUCAGAAAGAAAACUAAUCGAUAUAUUCUCGCAUAUUUUGCAAGAGCAAAGCAUAUUUCACGUAGCAUUCGAAUACUGCUACGUGUUCAUACUAAGAAAAUAUAACGGUAAUAUAGUUGUGUUAUAUUCGAGUUUGCGCUUCAGUCUAUUAUGGCUGGAGUAUCUUUACUGUACGUCUUCAAACUCAUUUGUCUGACAAUGCCCGUUUGACUCGGCGAAUUUAUUAGGGUCAGAAUAAUGCAGGUUGUGGGUUUCUGAACCGACUCCUUAUUGCACAGCCCGACUUAAGGCGGGUACCCAUUUGUUAGACGUAUAAUGGUUGACCCACUUUACUUAUGUGCCACGAAGCUGCUAAAAUAGGGUGUGAUUUGCGUCGCGGUACCUCAAACAAUUAUUCGGUCCCUAUCAUUUAUUAAAUGUACACUCUAUUGGGAACGACUAAAAUCCAAUAUCCAAGAAACGUCGAUCCCGUGUCAAGGUCACAAGCAGAACCGUGUUGCGAUAUAUGUUUAUUUUCCGUUCACUUUUGUAAACUUUGCGUCUACUGUAACUGUCAGAGUCUCUCGCUCUGAGGGUGUUUGGGAUAUGAAUAAUGUAUGGGGUAAAUUUGCAAGUGUUUCAAUUUACACCCGCCGACACUCCACGCCGUUGAUACGCACCCGACUAGUUGAAGUGCAAAAAAGAAAACAACGAGCCGCGGCACGCGUGAAAUGGGGACUAGACGCCUCAGCCGGGCUUACAACGACUGAACUAGCUAUUUUCAAAUAUGACUGAAGUGCGACACUGAUUUACUGUUUGUUUCACACCUCCCUUCUAUGGAGUGUGUGCAUAGGAACUUACCUGCUUUUCAUUCAUGUUUUUCUCAUUAUCUUCAACGUUAACACCAAUAGAUUACACGUAUGUUACAGAAAUCACAUAACUUGUGUAUUUAAUAGGACGUAUUGGUCUAAGGAUUAAUACAGGAUGUCCUUGUUUGCCAGUUGGUUCAUAGACAGAGUUAAACAAAUAGUAGUUAUUAGUUUCCAAUACGUUUCAGGUCAAUACAAGCGUAUGACAAAGCAAACAAUUAACAUCUGUCGUCCUAACAUGGAUUAACAGGUUAAUUAAUACUGGACACGUUUAAUCAGUUUGAUAAAUAAAUAAUUUAAAUUUCUAAUCGAAUCUAAAUUAAAUUUCGAAACUCCUAAUACUGGCUUUAUUUUCGUUAUCGAUUCUAUUUGAACCUCAAACGAGUGUAUCGGAACAUUUUGUAAGCAACUUUUUAACAAUGUUAAGCUUUGUAAUCGCUAAAUUGCUACAUCUGAAUAAAUUGGCUUUUUGUAGAAAAGGGUCUGGGAGACUAUUAAAUUUAUUUCUUAUUGAGUUUACAUGGAAUUUAGGUGGCUACGCUGUGGAAAUAAUUAUAAACAUUGGAAGUAAAUUAGACAAGUUGAAACAGGCAAAGAGAUCUUUUUUAAAUGGACAUUUAGGUUUGAUUUCACAUUUUGACUCAGAUAUGGUUAAUAUUAAUUGUGAUGUUAAGAUCUGGAAUGGACUAUAUCAGAUUUCACUUAGUUACGGCCUGGUUGAAAUAUGAAAAAAAAGAAAAUAUAGCUAAGCCUCUUUGCUGAAAUAGUGUAGAACAUCUAAUAUGGCGGAAUUCUCGGAACAUAUCCUAUGAGGAAACAUAAAAGUUACCUAAAAUACACACGCUCACUAUAUUAGUAACAUAAGUCAAAAACUUUAUGAACGUAGCAUUCGCGCUCGUAAGGAGAAAAAUAUAGCAUCUUAUAAUUCUUACCUUUUUCUUUGCGGGAACGGCAAUGUUCUAGUUAGAAAGACUUGAGGUAGUUUCUUAAAAUAUAGUGGUGGAAAAUAAAUGGUACUUAUUUCGUUUUAAAAUAAAUUUCUUACUA